AUGUUUAAAAGUUUUUUGAAGCAAUCUGUGUAUCGUCGUUCGAGUGUUAUUGUUGAGUCCUCUCCGAGACAACAAAUUGAAAUUUUCAAUACUCACAACCAAUGUAUACGGAGGAAUUUCAAAACAAAUUGUUCUAAUUCAAUUUUGAAAACAACAUCCAAUAUUACGAAUAUGAACGAAAUUUCAAGUCCUGAUUUUCCAUCAAACAAAACACGCCUGAUGGGAAUGAGCAAGGAUGAAAUGAAACAACUUUUAGAAAAGACUCAUCCACAUAUUGCAUCAUCUUUCCGAUUGGAUGAAAUUUAUAAAUUCAUGUAUCGAUUCGGAGCACGAAAUUUUAAUGAUAUUACAGUAUUGAGUAAAGCCGAUAGACAAUCACUCUCGGAAUUAUAUUCCAUUGAUUUAGUGGGAAAUAUAGAGGAAGAGGUUUUAUCAAAGAAGGACAAGCAUACACGCAAGUUUUUGUUUGCUUUUGAAAAUCCCAAAUUUGUAAAAUCAGAAAAUCAACUCGCCACCAACACAACAACAUGUCAUAACAAGGGUGAUGCUGAUGUAGACACAAAAACAAUUUCGUCCACUAAAAAGCUUCCCAAGCAACAAAAAGAAUUUAACAAAGUGGAAGCUGUUUAUAUUUAUCAUCCUCCUAAAGCUACAGAUUCGUUCGGAAGAGGCACUGUAUGUUUGUCAAGCCAAGUUGGUUGUUCGUUAAGUUGUGCUUUUUGUAGAACUGGUACAGCGCCAAUCGAAAGAAACUUACUUGCUUCGGAGAUUGUGAGCCAGCUUGUGAGUAUUAAACAUCACUUGCAAGAUUUUCCAAUUUAUAUGAGUGAGGAAGAGCGCAAGAAAGCCACCGUUGAAAAAGCUCUUGUCAAUAAUAUUGUAUUUAUGGGAGAAGGAGAACCUCUGUAUAAUUACAAAAAUGUCCAAAAGGCAUGUGAAAUUUUGUGUGAUGGUUGUGGAAUUUCAAAAAGAAAAAUUAUUGUGAGCACUUCAGGGGUUUGUAACUUAAUUCCUAACGUUGUGAAUGAUCUGGGAGUGAACUUGGCCAUCAGUUUACACGCAACAACUAACGAAAUGAGAGACCAACUUGUUCCUUUGAACAAGAUUUUUCCUUUAGAGGUACUCUUUGACACACUCCGCGAAAAGUGUUUCAAAAACAAUACUCGUCACAUUACUUUUGAAUACGUCAUGUUGGAUCAUGUGAAUGACUUUAUUGAUGACGCUCAACGACUAGUCCAUCUUGUGAAAGAUAUUCCAUGCUCUGUCAAUUUAAUUGCUUUCAAUGAGUGGGAAGGAAGUGGAUUUAAUUGUUCAUCUCAUGAAAGAAUUGAAGAAUUUUCUAAAUUUCUUUAUCGAAAUGGAAUUCAUGCACCUAUUCGACACAGCAAAGGACAAGAUAUAUUGGGAGCUUGUGGUCAAUUGAAAAAUAGAAAUGAGAACAAGAACUCGGUGUCUAUACAUUUGCAAAAGAUGCAACAUGUGAAGGCAUCAAUUUAA